AUGUAUUGUUUAGAAAUAGUAGUUAAAAGUGGCAGUAACGAUCUAUCGGCAAAGCGCAUCAUGAAUUUAAAGAUUAAGAUUCCAAAAGAUAAACAUACUGAUGGACCAAAAGUAAAGAGAAAAACAUCUCUUAAACAUAAAACAGUGUCUGCGGAUGAGUUUGAUAAGAAAUGUAAGUACAAAUACAGAUCUACAUAAAUGAAACCUGAAUUGAAACUUGCUUCUUAUUUGAAUGAUGAACUACUUAGAUAACAUUAAAUCUCUUAAUUAUUUUAAGAAUAUAAACUAGCAAAUUUAAAAGCAAAUCUUGUAAAAUUGAAAUCAAAAAAAAAUUAUCAAUUAAAUGAAUUGAAUCACAUUGAAUUAGAGGAUGAUGAAUAAGUUAAGUUUUUUCUUACAGAAAUUUGUAAAAAUCAUCCUGAAAUUGAUGUUAGUCAAUUAUUAUAAGUAGAUGUUGAUAAAAAGUAAAUAAAAAUUGAGACUUAAAAAUAAACAUUGUAAGAAUUGAUUGAAAAAAGAAUUAAAAAUGAAUAAAAUGAGAAUUUUAAAAAAAUGGAAUAAUAAUAUUAAAAAAAUUUAGUUAAUAUCUAUAAGGAAACUAGAUAUGAUUAAUUUGAACCUGAAUUUAAAAAGCAAGGAUAAAUAAAUAUUUGUAAAAUAAAAAAAUAAAAAGAGAUUUAAGAUAAAAUGUUUUCUGAGAUUUUUAAAAUUAAACAUCCAAUAUCAGAACAUAAUAAUAAAUAACAUUAUUUUCGUAGAUAAUUUAAAAAUCUUAAUAAAAAACAUUAACCUGCAAAAUCAUAAUAAAUCUAAAAAAAUAUCUUUCUUUCUUAACCAGAUACUAUUUAAACUACUCCUUAAACUUCUAUUAUUCAAGAAUUUAAAGGAAAUCCUCUUACUACUUCUAUUGGAACUUAUAGUGAUAUUAAAUCUCCACUUAAUUCUUUUAGAAAAAAUGAUUUCAGUUUAAAAUUAAAAACAAUUAUGGACAAAUGUGAAAUCAUUGAAGUAGAAUAAGCUAAAUAAAAUCAAAUCAUUUCAAAAAAAUUCAAAAUGAUUGGUAAAGAAAUUCAUCAACAUUUUGAAACUGCCAGAAAUCGAUAUGAAAAUGAAGAAAUAGAAAUUGAUGUCAAUGAAGGAUUUGAACGAUUUUUAUAAGAAAAUCAAUUUAAAAGAAAAUUAAUCUAAUAUUAAGUUAGUCAAGUUUAAAAUUUAAAUGAAGUUUUAAGUUAAAAGGCAAAAAGAGAAAUGACUAAUAAUUUUAUGGGUUCAGAUUCAGAAAAAAGAAAAUUAUUUUGA